AUGAAUGCGGCAGACGACGAGAACAACUCGACGUCCCCGUCGCUCCUCCUCCUCCUCACCGAGCUUCUUCUGAAUUCGUCGUCGUCGACGACGUCGAACACCAAGUGAGUCUUUCCAGAAGAAAUCAACGACGUGCGGCGUCGACGAAGACGUUAACCGAAUUUGAGCGUGUGUGUGUGUGUGUGUGUGCUCAUGGAGUGUCCAGCUCUGUUGUCUAACUUUUUCGCAUUUCCGCCCAGAUUCUUGCUGGACGCUGCUCGCGACUUUUGCAUUCCUUUUGUGUUCGCCGAUCUGUUGACUAGGAAAAUAUGAUAUAGCGACUGAAAACCCAAAAUUUCGAGAGCUCGCACAGAGCAAAAGCACAAUUGACUGUUCACAACAGUUUUAAAGAUUCUGUGCCCGAAAGUAUUAUAGGGGCACCGCACAGAAAUGGCGCUCUGUUGAGAAACUCUUUUUGCAGUGCAAAUUGAGCGGCCUCGGGGCCGAGUUUGAAAAGUUAGGCCACGUUUUCAGUGGAAAAUUACUUCGCGGCCUAGAAAUUCGGCCAGAUUGCGAACAGAGCGCCCUUUCUAUCCGGUGCCCAGGGGUGUGCGGAAAAUAUUUCGAUUUUCCGAAAUUUUCCGAUUUUCCGAGAAAUGUUCGGAAAAUUUUCGACGGAAAAUUUUCCGAAAAUGUUCGGCAAAAUUUUCGGAAAAUUAGUGUGGAUUCGAGGUCAAUUUGUCCGAAACCACCGUAUGCUUUUUAAAGGCGCAUCACAAAAUUUUUGGAAGGGUCUAGCAGCGAGCGUCUUUUUUCCGAAAAUUUCUCGGAAAAUCGGAAAAUUUCGGAAAAUCGAAAUAUUUUCCGCACACCCCUGAUUCUCACUGACAAUCGGAAAACACUGGACCCGGAGAGCUUCUCUCGGCUAAUUUUUUUACAAAAAAAUAUUCCAUUGCUUGGCUUCCGCCCACUCAAGUGAUUUCAAAUCAUAAUAAGCAUUUUUUUGUAUUAGAACGUUGUUUAAACACUUUAUUGAACCAAUGAACAAGUGAGUUUUCCGAUUUUUCCGAUUUUUCCGAAAUUUUCCGAAAAAAAAAAUUCGGAAAACCCGAUUUUCCGAAAUUUUCCGAAAAAAAUUUUCCGCACACCCCUGCCGGUGCCCCUAUAAUACCGCAUUUUCUCAGAUUUUCCCACUUCCCACUCGCCAGCUAAUACAUUUUAAACCUCUCUGCGCACACUGAUUAGACGCCUUCCUCUUUCGAGUUUUGCUCUUGAGUAAUGUGAACCUUCGUCUUCUUCUCUCUCCUGUAAAUCAUCGUCAAUUUCGUCCCAUCUCUUCUUUUUUCCAACUCAAGAUGGACGAGCAGAGGAAGAAGAAGAAGCAGAAGUAAUCUUUUCUUCUUCUUCUCACGCCGUCACGCGGCUUAACUCGUCUUCUUCAGGUUCAUCCGCCUCCCGAAGACGUGGGGAUUCCAUUAAAAGUGAAGGGCUAAGAGAUCACAUCUUGUUUUUUUUUUUGCGGGCGCCUCGAGAUAUCAACAAAUUACCGUAAAUUCGAUUUCGUUACCUUUUUUCCAUGUAUUGAAAGCUUUGAAAACGACACAAAUCGCUAGAGCAGAGAUCAGUUUUCAGAGGUGAAAGUUUCUAGAAUAUUCUAGUGGCGGGUCUGGAUGGAGUCAUCAAUGAGACACUUUGCAACCGGCCAAAACCUAGACGCCCAUUUCCUGCCCACACUCUUUUCAACUCUUUUCAAUAAGGUCAACGGGUCCCUGCCCUUUUUGUUGAAGCCGUCCGAAACGUGUGUUUUUUUUGCUACAAGAGGUGUCAAAAGUGAUAUUGUCCAGUUCACAAACCGAAUCAACCCUUUUCCUUUUUGUUGUGUGCACAGAAAAACGAACUUAUGGAUUGUUCGCAUACAAUUUUUUCGUUUUCCGAGGCAGUAGGAGGGAUCUUUAGACUCUCAAAUCGCUGCCAAUUAUCUAUAGUCUUGUUGAACACAUGCCUAUUUUUUCGUUUCACAUUCCACUUUUUUGUGACGAAGAACCAUUAGUCUAGACCGCUAUUGUCUAGAAUACAUACGGUAAAAGUUGUCGAGGAUGAGUCGACGUGCGCCAAAACAACGGCCCUCCGGUCAAUUAGGCCGAAAGGAGCAGUGAUUCGUGCCUUUCUUUUUGUCCAAAUCUUUGCGUUCCACACAAAUCCUCUUUUUUUAGGCCUUCCUUCAGAAUUGGUUUAAAAGCUGAAAACCUUCCGGACACUUUAGAGCUUUAUAGCUGAGCGGAUUGCAAGGAAAGAUGUUCGAUCUUUCAACUUUCCAACACAGUCGACAAAAUUGAGGCUUAGGGGCCAACAUAAACACGUACUUUCGGUCCCAGCCAGUUUAGAUCAAACUAAAGAUGAACUCGCAAACAACAAACUUCAAACAUCUUCCCUCAUUUCCCCUCUUCUCACCCGGCGUUUUUUUUCCAUUUUCCAAUUAACCCCAGAACCCCCCACAUCAUUCCACAAUAUAUACAUAAAUAUAGUAGUUAUAUUAUAAUUUUUCACCACCUCCUCUCGCGAGAAAAGACGAAGAACAAAUAAACAGAAUGUGAAGCGAGUUUUCGACGGAAAAAAACGGGGGGGGUCCGCUCAAAAAAAUAAAAAGUUGUGGUUUUUGGCUCGUUAGAGGGAAAGGACGGCACGAAUAUUCGAGAAGACACUCGAUACCGUGCUUCUUGACGUUCUUUUUGUCAGAAACUGAAAACAAUGUCGCUUGUUUCGAAGACUUAUUGGCUGGAAAUUUUUGAAUGUCUGGUGUUGUACUUUAGCCCUUUUUUGAGAAACUCUAUGUAUCUCAGCUGCCUGUAGAGAUAUCAAAAAGUGGUCAACUGAGAAAAUGUACAGAAUGUUUUAAUGAACAAUUUGUUAGUUGACAAGUUUUUGAUAUCUCUACAGACAACUAAGAUAUAUCAUCUUGAAUAAACAAUAGAGGCUCACUAAAAGUACUAAAUUUGCAGUGCCCUCAACGAGACGACAAUGUCGUCGAUUGUGCAGCAAGAGGAGAUUUGUCGGUUUCGUGGCACCACCGAGAAUUACACAAUAGCCGUCACCUUCUUCAUCAUUUUCCUGCUCUCGGUCGUCGGUAACUCGCUUGUGCUCAUUGUUAUUAUCAAGGUGAGUUCUGAGUCAUCGACAAUAUCUGAAAGGAGCAGGAGCAGUGGCUGUGUGGCCGAGGACUUUCUAGGCCACUGAAAGAGUUUCAGCAACGUGCGAUGCGCUCAAUCACGAACAUCUACCUGAUGAACCUGGCGGCGAGCGACAUGAUGUUGUCGGUGGUUUGCAUGCCGCCGACGCUCGUCUCGAUGGUCAUGAACUGCUGGAUGUUUGGCAAUUAUAUGUGCAAAAUUUUGGCCUAUUUGCAGCGUGAGUUUUUGUUUGCGUUUUGCUAGUUGUUUCCUCAACGCAUUUAUCGAUUUUACAGCAGUGGUAGUGACCGCCUCGGCGUACACUCUCGCCGUCAUUGCGUUCGAACGAUACUUUGCCAUUUGUAAGCCACUUCACUCGAGGAUCUGGCAAACCAGGUGGGCAAACGCGCUCUAUUUUAUUUUCAUCGAAUUCUAUUCUCACGGUCUUCCACGGCGCGAAUGAUUUCAAUGGGGCGCACUUGCAACAGGCGUGCUGUGUCGAUUUACGCGGCGGCCGAUUAAUUAAUUUUCAACGGGAGUUCGCGUUCUUUUCAUGUUUUCUGUACAAUACACCUCUUUUUUUGUACGCCUGGAACCUGGAUUCGAUUAAUUAGAGCACUAGCUACGUUUUGGUAACAGAAAUCUCACUGAUCGUUGAGAAUUAUCCGAGUUAUUUCGAUUUGAAGGUUUUGGCCUGGAUUUUGAUGUUUUUCGAAUAGUUUUCGAAAACUGCUCAAGAAAACUAGCCGCCGGAACCUGAAUUUUGUGAAGAAAGAUUCAGCGAACAUUUUUAUCGUUCGUUGGGCUCAUGAAAUGCAAAAUGAGCUGAAAUAUAAAGGUUUGAAGUUGACGCUAAAAACAUGAAAAACUCUAAAUUCUGUAAAGAACGCUUUCCAAUCAGUAAAAUAUUGUUUUCUAGACGUUUUUCAAGUCAAAAAGAUGGAAAUAAAGGUCGUAAACUCGAAUUGAACUGCAUUUUCAGACCUGCAAAUUUUCAAAAGUUACAACGACACUCCGCAAUUUACGAGCACCCUGGGAGACCGUGAUUCUGUUCUUCUCGAAAAAUCCACGAGUACAACACACGAAUUAUCGAUCGAUUCGUUGCAGAUCGCACGCGUACGCAAUGAUCACUUUGGUGUGGGUGAUCGCGAUCGCCGCCAACAUUCUGAUGCUCUUCAUGUACGAGCAACAGACGUACAGCUCGAAUGGAUACACGUGUGCGCCCAUUCAUCCGCCCAUUUAUCAUUUUGCUUAUCAGGUUAGUUGGGUGGUGAGAGCAAGUGCGCUGAACGAGGACGUGGCAUUGCGAGGACCUGAAAAUUGUGGGAGAAAUCAUGUACUUUUUGGGUUUUUCAACCGAAAUCUCUUAAAGCCAGUCGAGUUUUAUCACAUUUUUCCGUGAAAAGUGACAUCCUUCCUGUGAAAUUCUUCAAAAUCGCCCGAAAAUGAGAGUACAAUGUUCUCCUAAACCCCUAAAAUCAAUUGUCUUCAGGUGUACAUGACAGUGGUCCUGCUGGUGAUCCCGCUGGUCGUGAUGACGGGUCUCUACGGCAACGUGAUCCACUCGCUCAAGUCGGGCAUCAAACUGGAGAUCGCCGCGGUCGACCCGGUCGCCGCCGCCGCCACGACAACAGGUCUCAAAGCGUGCUGCUCGUCGUCGUCCGCCCAUCUCCUUAACAGUGUGCUCGUCGGUAGCAGCUCCCUAGCUCGUGCCACGUCGUGCAUCGCCCUCAACUCACUCCGUCCGUCCACUCCGCCCCCCUCGUUGCCCUCUAGAACCCCGCAAUUGUUGCAAUUGCCGCACAACCUCGACGAUUUCCGACUUCAGACGCUGCAGAGUCUUCGUCGUCGUUCUAGUGGCGUGCUUUUACCCCCUCCAGGUGUUGUUGUGCUUUUUCCUUUUUUUGACACAUUUUCGGGUUCUCGUAGUAAUCCUAUUUUGCGUUUACCCGUCAACCUCCCGUUUUUCGAUUGCUCUAACCUCAGUUUUGACCGUUUUGUUCCAACAAACCUUCGAAAUUGCUUGCUUCUCCACACUUAUCUUCAUCAUUUCCAGCGAUUGUCGCCUCGAUGACCGAAGAGCAAAAGAUAUCGUUUUGGCAGAAACUCUCCAACAAACUCACGUUCAGCCAACAGGACAAAAGGUACCUGACGAUAACUGUCGGUGUGUACAACCAUUUACGGUUCAGUAUGGAGCCGAAUUUCACGCACCGACGGUCCGACGCCUCGAUUUGUAUAGAGAAUCCGAGUUUGAGGUCGACGCACACGCAGAAGAGUGCGAUGGCAAAGCAGAGAGUUAUUAAGUGAGUUUUAGAUGGUUUUCUAAUCAAUUUUCGAAAAUUGUACCCUUCGGAGUGUCUAAAUGGUGUUCAGGAAGUGGUCUAUGUGCUAGAGAAUAAUUCCAAGCAACGUUAGCCUUCUUUUUCGAAAAAAUGAAUUAUUCAACUGAUAUCUUAAUAUCAAGCAUGUGUUUAAAGUAUCCGUUAGACUCACAGCCAGUACAUUUAAAUUUAUACAGUCUACCGCCCGUGGAACUGUUUUUAUUCGAACAUUCAUUUGACAAUAAAACGUUUCCAGAAUGCUCAUUGUAGUCGUCAUCAUCUUCUUCUGCUGUUGGACGCCCUCUUACAUCUGGUGGCUUCUUCUGAUUGCCGGCGACUCUUUUCAGGUAAUACCUUUGGAGAGAAUAUGAUUUUCGUCAGUACAUUUUCAAAUUUAAAUAACGAUACUUCAAGACCAUAUAUCUUAUCAGCCUGUAGAGUUUUAAAAACGUUGUCAACUGAUAAAAUGUUCAUCAAAACCUUAUGUACAUUUUCUCAGUUGACCACUUUCUGAUAUCUCUGCAAGCAGUUGAGAUACAAUGCCAGAAAACAAAAACGUCUUCCAGAGUCUCAAUAUGUCCGUCUGGAACAGCGACAUCAACACGUUCAUCACCUUGCUCACCUACAUCUCCUCCUGCACCAAUCCCAUCACAUAUUGCUUUCUCAACAAAAAGUUCCGAAACGCGAUCUACGCGACGUUUGGCCGAAAAAAGAACAUGCGGCAUCACUUUCAAAAGGUAAUUGAGCGCUGAAGUGACACAGAAGUGAACGCCUAAUAUUAAUUUGCCGCUCUCUGAUCACUAACAGUUUCGUGGCUUGUCUCGACUAAGUUUGCGUGGUUUCUUUCAUUCUAGGUCUACAUUCCAGUCAACAACGGUCAACAUUACACCACUAACAAGAGUGAGACGCGUCCGAUUAUUAACAGGUACUUGAUCGAUUUUCACUACACUAAUCUAGGCAAGCUUAACGAGCUUUUUGAGCUUCUGUUUCUUAACUUUUUUGUUCUUAUUUUUCAUUCAAGUUCACAAUCAAGCAGCGAUUGGUCGAAGGUAACGCACUACGAUGUAAAUGUAACAUAUAUGAUAUUAUAUCUGUACUAUUCUCUCACCCCACUUCUAACUCUUCGAAUCAACUCACCCUAUAUGACUGUCUCUAUUGAUGAAAGUGAACGUUCAAUUUCGGAAAUGUCAGCAUGAGAAACGCUAUCUGAUUUUUCACACACACACUCUGUCGCCGUUCGUCGAAGAGACAAAGGGAUGAAACGCAUUUUUGCAGGUCGGUCUCGUCGACCUUCACUCCACAACAUCAAGUCGUUUUUAACGAGGUCGUCGUCGAUCGGACCAAAAAAAAUAGUGCGCAUAUGAUCUCGAGGACUGUGAGUUUUUACUGCCGCUAACUAAAACCGAUGUAUCGCAGCUGUAUGUAGAGAUAUCAAAAAGUGUUCAACUGAAAAAAUGUGCAAAAUGUUUCAAUUAGCAAUUUACUAGUUGACCACUUUUUGAUAUCUUUACAGACAGCUGAAAUAUAUCGCUUUGAAUUUGACUACAUUGUUAUCUUCAAAUCUGUAAGCGUUCAGGUGCACGCCUCACUAAUCCAUCACAACAAAGUGCGCAAAGACGAAUCCGAUGCGAUAUUUUGA